UGUGGAAAUGAGAUAAAACUGAGCUGCUGCUUUAGAAGCUCUCACUUGCUCACUCAUUCACUCACUUGUGCAGCCAGAAAUCUUUGAAGCCCAAAAGAAAAACUUUUAGUGAUUUUUUUUUUUUUUUUUUUCGUGCUGGAUGGCAGCUGUAUUCUGCAAGAAGAAGGAGGUGGAGGGAAUAAAGACUGAUCUGAUCCUAAGAAGACCAGCACAACUCUCUGGAGAGACGAUGAAUGUCCUAUCAAACCCAUUGAUGAGGGCCCAGGAGCGGUCUCUAGCUGUCUGUGGCCCGGGGUCUGUCCAGGAUUUACACCACUGCCCCCAAGGCUUCAACCUGAGCUCCCGACUAAACCCGGCACCCAUGCUCAGCCUUCAGAGUGGCCAAAAAUCGACCAAAACUCAGAGGGAGUUGAGCCCUGGGGAGCAGCAGGAGCUCAGGAGAAAGAUCAACAGCAGGGAGAGGAAGCGAAUGCAAGACUUGAACAUUGCCAUGGAUGCCCUGAGGGAGGUCAUGGUGCCUUACGCCUCCUCGCCAUCUUCUGCCUCCUCCUCUCAGUCCCACCAGCCCGGAGUUCCUCCAGGCCGUCGGCUCUCCAAGAUCUCAACCCUGGUUCUGGCCAGGAACUACAUCCUCCUCCUGGGCUCAUCUCUGCAGGAGAUGCGCCGGCUGCUGGGGGAGGUGAGUGUGGGAAUGGGGGUGAACACAGGGCCAGUCCCCAGGCUGCUGCUCACUGGAGGCUGGCCCUUCAUCUCUGGCCCCAGUCAGCUCCUCCUCACCCAGGAGUCCCUCCUCACCUCAGCACCCACCUCCUCUUCGUCUUCUUCCUCUACUACAUCAUCCUCUGCUGCUAAAUGUCCACUGUUGUCUCCUGGGCCUUUGGAGGCCUCAUUGGCCCCUGUACAGUGGAGCUCUGCUGGGGCCUCAGAAGGGCCCCUGUGUCCCUGUGGAGUCUGUAGACUGCCCAGAUUUAGACACUCCACUCCAGCUCCAAGAUUCCCUGUGACACCCUGAACAUGAAGAUGAACAUUUUUUGUAUGAAUUGUUAUUUAACCUUUUUAAUGUGUACAGCUACUUCUCUGAUGUAUACAUUUUCUAAACCUAAUGGAUCUUAUUCGAAAGUGGAAGUUAUUCUUUUGAUAAUGUUAAAGUUUGAGGUGUAAUGACUGUAUGUGUGGUGCGUUUGUUGUGUUGUGUUAUGUUGUAUUGGUUGAAAGAUGAGAAGAUAGCAGGUGAGGGUUAGACAGGUCAUCUCUCACAUAAGAUAUAAUUGCAUUUGUGUUUAUGUCUCUGCUCUUCACACUGCUUUGAAGAGGACAGGUUACAAAAUGGUUGUGUCAUGUAUUUCCACUCACUAAUAACAAUUUAGCAAUAUACUCAAAGAGACUGAUCACAGUUUUUUGUUUGCUUAUUUCUUGUUUUUUCCCCCAACUUUCACUUAAGUGUUUUGUUUCAUUGAAUAUGCAUUCAUUUGAUAUCAGACUCAAAGUUAUACUGAGCAGUUCUACAUAUGUGUCUUUUUGGAAUGCUUAAAUUAGUGUAUAUAAUUAUUCUCUGUGCAUUUCUGGUUUCGUGUGAGUGAUUCUAAUUCUUGGAGUAGGAUAGUAUAGUUCUAGUCCAAAGUUUAGAGAAGCAGACUUUUUUGCAUUGUACUGGACAACAAUGUUUCACAAUACAAUAUGCAAAGCAAAUGAAAGAUACAAUUUAAAUAAAAAAAGUGGACUGAGAGGAAACAGCUGUACAAUUGUGUCAGAAAAAAACACAAAAAACUUGUAAAUUAAAAAAAAACUUGUCAUUAGAAGAAACAUUAAGUUUAAUUGUCAGAACCAUUCAAAAAUCUGUUUAUUUACAUUAUUUAGCAUAUAUCUUAUGUCACUUUAAAAUGAUACCAGACUACCUGGAGAAACAGUCUGUCUAAUGUCUUCCUGGAUUAUGUUCAAAGGCAACAUUUUCUCAAAUGAAUGAAACACCACAUACUUAAUGUGGAUGAUAUGUACACAAAGUGCAGGACACCAGAGUUUGGAUUUGAUUGGGUUUAGGCAACAAAAGUCCUAUUGUUGAGGGUUAGGGUAAGGGGUUAAAAGCAACGAAUAAGAUUGUCAGAAAAAUGUUACUGAUACAUUCCAUAUUAACAUUUUGUGAAUUGCCAAAUAUAUUUUUUUUAAAUUUUAAUUUAUGUCAAAUAGGAGAGACUUAUUAAAAGUGAUAAAAACAUGUAUUUAUUGAC